ACUUAAAUUUAUUUUUGAAGAUAAUAAUCAUACCGCAUAAUAAUGGAAAUUUAAUUGUGGUCGUUCGAGUGCUAUAUUACGGAGUAGUUAUUCGACUUUGUUUUCUUUAUAUCUCUUUCAUCUUUUAUACUGGAUUUAAAGAAUUAUCGUUUUUCAGAUGAAUUUAGAAAUUUGAAAUAUUAUAAAAGUUUUUAAAUUAAUUGAGGUAUAUUUUGUUUUUGUUGAGUUCAUAGAAGGUGGAAUCACAACAAUGAAGUGACAUUUAUAUUGAAUCACUCAUAAGUAGUCAAUUACAUUACGAUAUUAGUAUUGACAUAUGUAUGUAUAUUAAUUUAUGUAUAUAAAUUAAUUGAACUUUGUAACUUAUAAUUGAAUCAAUCAAGAAGCAAUCCUAAUUGAAUACAUCUUUGUACAAGAUACUUCGCAUAAAUAUGAAUAAUUCCGUUAUACAAUAUUUUAUAAGAUUUUGAGUGUGUGUGGCGAUGCAUUCAUAUUUAAAUGGACAGAGAAGUACACACAAAUUCUUGAUAUUUAGCAAACUGGCAUACUAAAUUCAUUCAAUAAUUAAUUAAUUAAAUAAUAUCUAUUAAAAAAUGAUAAAUUGUUUCUUGACUUAUCACUUAAACGAAAAGUCAUUCUGCUGUUAUUAUUUUUAGAAUAGUUUGUUAUUACUUUGAAUUUCAGUGUGAUAUCGAACCUUUUGAAUAUUACAAUAGAGUAUGUGAAUAAAGAAUAAUCUUAUCAUUCGUAAGUAUAUUGAAGACAUUAUCAAGAUUAAUAACAAGUUUGAUCAUACGGAAAUGUAUAAAAGGCUAGAAAAUACCAUUUAAAUUUAAUUAAAUUUGAUUUUUGCAAUACGGAAAAGAUGUUUUCAAAAAUUUUGCUAUUAUUAAUAGCGUUGUAUUUUAAUUAUAUAAACGCGCAACAUAAUCCAAAUCAAUGGAAUGAUCGAAGUGGAAUUGUACAUUUAUUUGAAUGGAAAUGGGAUGAUAUUGCUGAAGAAUGUGAAAGAUUUUUAGCACCAAAAGGAUUUGCUGGAGUUCAGGUUUCGCCAGUUCAUGAAAAUGUUGUUGUACCAAAUCGACCAUGGUACGAAAGAUAUCAACCGAUGUCAUAUAAGUUAAAUACACGUUCCGGUGAUGAAAAACAAUUUGCUUCAAUGGUACGCCGUUGCAAUGAUGUUGGUAUUAGAAUAUAUGUUGAUAUUAUUUUGAAUCAUAUGGCUGCAGAUCAAGGACGUGAUGCUGUUGGUACUGGUGGAACACGUGCUAAUCCAGGAAAUAAAGAUUUUCCAGCUAUACCAUAUUCUCAUUUAGAUUUUCAUCAAACUUGUUCAAUAAACAAUUAUAAUAAUCCGGUUGAAGUUAGAAAUUGUGAAUUAGUUGGUCUUAAAGAUUUAGAUCAAAGUAAAAAAUAUGUUCAAGAUAAAAUGGUUGAAGCAUUAGAUCAUUUAGUUGACUUGGGUGUUGCAGGAUUUAGAGUUGAUGCUGCUAAACACAUGUGGCCAAUUGAUAUGGAGGUUAUUUUUAAACGAGUAAAAAAUCUUAAUACUAAUUAUGGUUUUGCACCGAAUUCUAGACCAUUCAUUUUCCAAGAAGUAAUUGAUAAUGGUGGUGAAGCAAUUUCUAAAUAUGAAUAUAAUCAUAUAGGUGCUGUUACGGAAUUUAGAUUUUCAAAAGAAAUUAGUCGAGCUUUUAAAGGUCAUAAUGAUUUGAAAUGGUUGAAAACUUGGGGUCCAGAAUGGGAUUUCUUACCCACACAAGAUGCUUUAGUUUUUGUUGAUAAUCAUGAUAAUCAACGUGAUCAUGGUGGUGGUGGUGAUAUUUUAACAUAUAAACAAUCGAAACAAUAUAAAAUGGCAACAGCAUUUAUGUUAGCACAUCCCUACGGAAUACCACGUGUAAUGAGUUCAUUUGAUUUUAAUCAUAAAGAUCAGGGACCACCAAAAGAUGAGAAAGAAAAUUUAAUAUCACCAAAAAUUAAUUUAGAUGGAAGUUGCGGUGAUGGAUGGGUUUGUGAACAUCGUUGGCGUCAAAUAACUAAUAUGAUUGGUUUUAGAAAUACUGUUAAAGGAACUGGCCUUAAUGAUUGGUGGGAUAAUGGAAAAAAUCAAAUUGCUUUCUGUCGGGGUGGAUCUGGUUUUAUUGUUUUCAAUGGCGAUCAUACUGAUAUUGAUAGAGAUUUUCAAACUUGUUUACCACCUGGAGUAUAUUGUGAUAUAAUCUCAGGUGAUAAAGUAUCUGGAAAAUGUACUGGAAAAUCGGUUACAAUAAAAGAACAUGGCUAUGGUCACAUAACAUUACGUAAAGAUGAAUAUGAUGGUGUAUUAGCUAUUCAUUUGGGAACUAAAUUGUAAUUUGUAUUAAAAAAUUAAAAUAUAUGAAAGUAAAAAAAGUAUUGUUUGUUAUUUAAGAUUACAUAC